AGCAGCAGCAGCAGCAGCAGCAGCAGCAGCAGCAGCAGCAGCAGCAGCAGCAGCAGCAGCGGGCGCUCGGCGGGCCCGGCGAGGCGCCGGCCUCGCCGGCUUCCCCGGCCUCCGCGCCGCCUUCGCAGCAGCAGCAGCAGCAGCAGCAGCAGCAGCCGCAGCAGCAGCAGCUGCUGCUGCUGCUGUGCGGCGUGCUGGAGAGCGCCCCGAGCGAGGCCGUGCAAGUAAUGGUCAAGGAAACUUUGCUGCGGGUGGUCUGCAGCCUCAACAUGGAGUUGCCGGAAAAAGACGAAGUCAACACUUUGUUCUUCGACAGGGGGGCUCUGGACGCGCUGCUGCGGCUGCUCUUCAAGCCCGUGACCACUGACAUGACCACUGCUGAGCAGCAGCUGCUGCAGCACGCGAAGCAAAUGGUCCUCGAGAUCUUUUCGCACUGCGUGGCGGUCCACAGGCACCGCUUCAAGCUGCGGAUCCUGCGGGACAGCGUGCCGCUGCGGAGUUUGCUGACAGCUUUAACUCCUUCUUUCGACAAGUUUUUGUCUCUUUUUGCUGUCAAGUUUCUCAAGGCCUGCAUAGCCCUCAGAGAUCCUUACGUGGACAAGCAUUUGGUGAAGACGAAGGUUUUGCGGCCCCUGAUAUGGAUGCUGAAGGAAGACUUUUUGUCCCCUUCUUCUUCUUCUCGUCGACUCGGAGGUUCUUUGCUUUCUUGCGCAGUUUUGGACUGUCUUUCUUUCUUAUGUCCUUCGGGGCUGCCGCUGUCUGUGGGGCCCCUGCCUGUACACCUGGGCGGCCAGGGCUGCGCCCUUGUUGCUGCUCUUUUCGAAGACCCCUUAACUGCUGCUUGGAUUCAGCAAAUCGAAGCUGCUGCUGCCAAACAAAGAAAAAACCCCUGCCUCGUCUUCCGCGAUCUGAGGGUUUUCUACUGCGGCUCAAGAAUGUCAAGGAGACAGGAAACAGCUGGCAGCAGCAGCAGCAGCAGCAGCAGCGAACUGCCGCAAGCGGAGGCGGAGCAGCAGCAGGCCUUCAGCAGCCUCGGCAGACUCAUCAGGGCUGACCCCCAUAGACAAAAUGUAGACGAUGAUGACUCGUGGUUUUACAACGUGAAAGAUGACGACUCUCCCACAGAGUCCUCGACGACCACCCGCGGGCCAAGGCUAUCUCUCGUCGAUGGCUACGAUGAUGAUGAUGAUCAGCAGCAGCAGCAGGGGAACGCCUCGGGCACGGACUUGUGGGCGGGGGACAGCAGCAGCAGCAGCAGCGCAGCAGCAGCAGCAGCAGCAAACCGGCUCAAGAUAAGGCGGCGGCGACGUCGCCCGCUGCGGGGGGACGGAGACAGCAGCAGCAGCAGCAACAGCAGCAGCAGCAGCAGCAGCAGCGACGAGGAAAAGCGGCCGCUCCCAAAGCCGACUGCCCUUAUCGGCGGCAGCAGCAGCAACAGCAGCAACAGCAGCAGCAGCAGCAGCAGCGUGGACCUAGAUGGUAGCCCCACAGAGGACUCCUUACUUAGUGUCUUCCCAGAGAAGAUUGCUGCUGCAGCAGGAGGCCCGGGGGGAGGGGCCUCACUGAGUCCCCGUUCUGCAGCAGGAGCAGCAAAAAAGAAACGGAUUGCUGUCAAGAUAGGCACCAGGCCCGCGUCUAGCGAAGACGACGGAGGCAAAAGCCCCAGCAGCAGCCCCAGCAGCAGCAGCAGCAGCAGCAGCAACAGCACCACGAGCAGCCCCACAUUCUCUCCGGAAGGCGGCGGAGGCUCCGAUACUGCAGCAGCAGCAGCAGCAGCAGCAGCAGCAGCAGCCGCGGCAGCAGCAGCAGCGGCAGCAGCUUCCGGCACCAAAAGCGAAGAACGAAGAAACAAGGGCUCUUCUGAAGCAGCAGAAGGCGAGGGGGAAGCUCUUUCUGAAGGCGUGCAGCUGCUGCAGCGAGUGCUGCAGCAAGCUGGGCUUGGCGGGGGAACUGCUGCUGCUGCUGCUGCAGCAGGGGGAGAAGCAGCAGCAGCAGACUCGCAAACUGCUGCCACUAAAAACGGCAACGCUCGUCAGCUGGACUUCCUUAAAGAUCUGCUGGAGGAAGAUGACAGCGACGAGGAGGCGGCUGCUGCUGCUGCGCCUGCUGCUGCUGCUGCACCUGCUGCUGCUGCUGCUGCUGCAGAGGCAGCACCUGCAGAGCCUAAGCGGAGGCGCAUUAAUUAG